CCCGGACCCCUGGGUCCUCCCAGCUCUGGGGAUGGGAUCGGGGGUGGGGGGCGGACGCCUGCGGUCUUUCUGGCCCUGCUGAGCCUCCGGCCGCGUUUUCCUCCUGUAGUUCAUCUCCCGGAGACCCCGGCUCCGCGCUGUCCUCCCACCACCCAGGGCUGAGCCAUGUCCCAGGCCACCAAGCGGAAGCAUGUGGUGAAGGAGGCGCUGGAGGAGCUGGUGGUGCCCACAGCCCAGCAACAGAUUGUGCGGGUUGUGGGCAGCCCUGGGAACAACCUGCACGAAGUGGAGGCACCAGGGGGCGAGCGCUUCCUGGCCAGCAUGCCCCCCAAGUUCCGUCACAACCUGUGGAUCAAGAGAGGUGACUUCCUGCUGGUCGACCCCAUCGAGGAGGGCGAGAAGGUGAAGGCAGAGAUCAGCUUUGUGCUCUACAAGGACCACGUACGCUACCUGCAGCAGGAGGGGCUCUGGCCUGAAGCCUUCUCAGAUGCCCCCAACAGCCGGUCCAGCCCCCAGAGCAGGGUGGGCGAGCCGCAGGCCACCCAGGAGGAUGAAGACAGCGACAGCGACUUGUUUGUGAACCCCAAUCGGCUCCGUGACAUAGGCACUGACAGCGAGGAAGAGGACGAAGAUGAGAGCGAGGAAGAGGAGCAGUGAGCUCCUCCCCAGCACUGGGGUUGCUAUGGACUCUGCUGGCAGGUGGGAGCCUCCCUGCCUCAGCACAAGAGAUGUGGCUGCUCCUGGGGUGGGGCAUAUCACACAGAUGUGGCCACCUCUAGGGUGGGCAUUAGCAGCCAAGUAUAAGCUGCUGCUGCCUCUGGGCUGGGUGUAACACCCACACAGCAACCUUGGGGGUGGGGUGCUAGCAGCCAAGUAGAACAGCAACAUGACCACCACUGGGGCCUUAGUCGAUGCAGCUGGCUUUGAGGUUGGGGCUCAUCAGCAGCUGAGCAUACCAGCCACUUUAAUAAAGACACUGGCAACUGCC